AUGUAUGAAGCUCUUCCGGCUGCUUGCAAUCUAACUCUACGUCCUCUAGCCCAAGGAGGGCAAGACGAUCGCUAUAUCGUAUAUGCCGGCGGUUACGACUCUAAACGAAAACGGGAAACACGCACGAGAGUAAAACGCAACCAGGGGAAGACAAGCGAGCAGAACACGAGAGGGUAUGCUGACGCUAAGCUCCCCUCUAUUUGGAACGCGAGGUUAAUUGGGUGGACUCCUGCCAUGCGCCUUGCUGCUGCAAUGCCUGCAUCGCCUCGGAUUGCGUUACACGGGUACCAGAUGGCCUAA